UGUGUGUGUGUGUGAGAGAGAGUGUGUGUGUGUGCCCUGUCGGGCUCUCUCCUCCUGUACGGCUCAGCUCAGCUCGGCUCAGCUCGGCCGGGAGGAACGGCGCACACAGGCGCGCGCACACGGACGCUGAUCCGCACAAACCGAACCGCCCGCGCGCGGAUCCGUUGGAUUUACCAGCUGCAGGGAGGAGGCUGAGAGAGCACCGAGAGCCGUCCGAGCACCGGGAGGAACCCCGCCCGGACAGCCGCAGCUGUCAGCCAGCAAAUGAACGUGAUGGAGGUGGAUCAGAGCCAGAUGACCGAGUCCGCUGCUGCAAGAGAAACGGCACAAAUGGAGCCGAUGACUGGACGGUGCCGCUGCCAUGGGCCGGGCUGCAGCAAGUGAAGCUGAGUCUGCACUCAGCUCCAGCUGUGCAGGUGCUCCGGCGGAGCCGUCGUCUCAGGGCUCGGCUCUCCGUUUGUUUGUAGCAAGCAGCCAGCCUGCGUGUGUCAUUUAUAGAGGCUGGUCGUUUAGCCUGGGAAACCAAACAAACACUAACCAGGUUUUCUGUGCUGUGCAGUCCAGUUACGGUGAAACAGGCUUUGGGUGUAUAAUGCUCUCUGUGUGGACUGCAGGAAUCCAAGUUCUUCACUGAAAUGGUUCAAAUUAUACUUGGAGGACAAAUGUUUCUGAGGCUCCCCUACACAGACAUAAUGCUUAAUACCAAUAUUAUAUUAGGUCCUUUCAGAAUAUUAAUGUAACAGGUUGACAGUGCUGUGCUGGGCCCGGCGUUAUGUUUCUAUGUUAGCAAUUAGAAAUGUUCAGCAGAUUUAAGAGAUGGAAGCUUGUUUGCACUCAAACUUCAUUUAUCAUCACUGGUGUAAAUUAUUUAUCAGCGGCGUGUUGUUCGGUACAUUUUUGCUAUUUUAGCAUUUCAGAAUUAGCUUCCAUUUCAGGGCUCACUGCGAAGUCAGGCUGAAGCUUUCAGAUAUCUGCCAAUAAAAGUGCGGGACAGGCUGAAGCUCUAUUAUGCAUGACUGUAUGAACACAGGCUGGCAGCAGUUGAGUGGAAGCAGAGUGGAGGAUUGAUAAUUCAGUUAAAAACAUGAAACCAAAUCGUCGCCGUCAGGACGCAGAGCUCUGCGCAUCGUCUGCUUCCAGCAGCUCCUGAUGACAUUUGUCUUCAAACUGCGGGAAUGAUUCACAGGUUCAGCGGCACGAAAUCGAGCAGCGGGUCAGGACUGUUCUCGGCACAGGUGGUCGUCCCCGGCGGGAGAAACAGGAACGUGGAGUGAAAUGAACUCGAGACACUUUGUCACCUACAAAAACAGUUUGCACAUCAAAUAUCAGGGACGCCACAGAUUAAACCUCGAUGCUCCAAACUCCUGAUCCUGGGAGGAGGGCGUGCCCAUCCCGACUUUGAGAUGCCAGCUGGAGAGAUGAGCUGUCUGAGGAUGAAGGAAUGAGAAGGAAGGAAGACAAAAAGGAGAGGAACCUCAGCCAGAGGAGAGGAGAAGGAGAGAGGAGGAUGUUGAGAGUUUUGUGAAAGAGGACAGACGAAGAAAAGGUUCGAUUUUUUUUUACUUUCAAGUGGAAAAGUCCAAGAAAAGACAGACGGACUGUCAGUGACAGAAGCUGAACGAGUGAAGGAGGAAACAUCUGGAUGGUCUCCAGUGCUGCGGCCUUCAAAGAUGGCCUCCAACUUCAAUGACAUCGUCAAGCAGGGCUACGUACGCAUGCGCAGCCGCAAGCUGGGGAUCUAUCGGCGUUGUUGGCUGGUGUUCAAGAAAUCUUCCAGCAAAGGACCUCGUCGUCUGGAGAAAUACCCCGACGAGAAGGCUGCCUACAUCAGAGCAUGUCCUAAAGUGACAGAGAUCAGCAAUGUGAAGAACAUCACACGACUGCCACGUGACACCAAGCGACAGGCGGUGGCCAUUGUGUUCACAGACGACACCUCACGCACCUUCACCUGUGAAUCAGAGCUGGAGGCUGAGGAUUGGUUCAAGACGCUGUCGAUCGAGUGUUUGGGGAUGCGACUUAAUGACAUCAGCAUGGGCGAGCCAGACCUGCUGGCUGCUGGAGUGCAGUGUGAACACACAGAGCGCUUCAACGUCUUCCUCCUCCCCUGCCCCAACCUGGACAUCUACGGCGAGUGCAUGAUGCAGAUCACCCACGAGAACAUCUACCUGUGGGACAUCCACAACCCUCGCACCAAGCUGGUCACUUGGCCGCUCUGCUCACUGCGGCGCUACGGACGCGACGCCACCCGCUUCACCUUUGAGGCUGGACGGAUGUGUGACAGCGGCGAGGGACUCUACACCUUCCAGACCAGAGAGGGGGAGCAGAUCUACCAGAGGGUCCACUCGUCCACGCUGGCCAUCGCCGAGCAGCACAAGAAGGUCCUGCUGGAGAUGGAGAAGAACAGCAGGCUGCUGUCGAAGGGCUCAGAGUCUGGCUCGUACCCCUGCACCCCCACCGCCAUCCUGCCCCGAUCCGCCUACUGGCACCACAUCACUGGAAACCAGACCGGCAUGGAUCCCGGCAGCGGUGACGCCGUGGAAGACGAGCUGCUGUCCACCCGCCUGCCUCCCGACCGCCACGCGACGCUGCCCCUGGCAAACACACACACGCAGUCUCAGCCACACAUACACACACACUCCCCGACACACUACCCCACCUUCCCCGGACAGUGACACACACUCUCACACAGGCGUGUGUGGACUUUGAAGACACACACAGGACCCACAUGCAUGCAGACACACACACACUGGACACUCCCUCCUUAUAUCUGACAGCCCAACAUCACACCUCACAGGAUGGAGGGACCCUAACAGCGGCCGGCACGCCGUCCUGAGAGCGCACUUCCUGCGGCUGCUUGCUGCUGUGUGGCGUGAGGACUGAAAGCUCUCAGCUUCAAACCAGACACAGAGUGAAGAUUGUACGGAUGUUUUUAUACUGAAUUUCUACUGCAGCUUCCUUUUGAAAUCACAAGAAUAAGGAGGAAAUGAGCGGCAGCCUGACACGCACACAUCACAAACACGUCACACACACAUGGACCGACGCAGGCCUGUUAGCGUCCUGCUGCUCGCUCAGCUGCUUCCUCCUCCUCACACCAAACAUCAGUCUGCCGCCACGUGUGUGAAGAUGUGUUGUGAUCUUUAUUUGACCCGCCCACAGUCACAUGCCAGCUUGGCUACUAGAAUAAGCAAGAAUUCAGUUAUUAAAUGACAGAAUUUUUAUUUA